AUGCAGUGCCUCCUACCCCCGGGCUGGCCCCGCUGUGCAAAGUUGAGGGUUUUUUGCCUCAUACUGGAGAUGUUCAUCUCCUGUUCGGUUCAUCCCAUCCUCUGUGAGUUCCGGCUAGUAGCCUCUGCAUCCUGGGAAAGCAACACCAGCAAUUUUAGCUGUUUCUCUGCUCCUUCACUUGCUCACCAGCUGGCUGAGAACAUGAACUUUUUGCACCAUGGACCCAUGGCCUACAGUGUUCAGCAAAUCUCCCUUUCAGACGGAAUAUUUUCUGAGUCUACGAAAAACACCAGCACUCUUUGA